AUGUCUUCGACUGCAAACAUCUCGUUAGCGGCAACUCCAGAAGCCCCCACACGGCGCCGGCCAGGUUCGACCAUCCAGGUCGAGUUCGGAGGACAAAAGGUAGAUGUACUCAAGGGUGGCUACUACGACCGUUACCGUAUGAACCCAGACCUGAACGAAGUGGCCCAUGAUCUGGGUGCUGGGCCCGACAUCAGCUUCUUCUUGGACGUUCCGAAGAAACUGGUCGAUUCGAGGGUCGGCCAAAUAUACGCACCCAACUUCUAUUAUCGCACGAGGAGUGUUCAAAUUCUCUUUGUCGCACCGCUCCACCGCUUAAGGUCCAAGCUCCCAUCACCUUUAGAGCCCAUCAUGGCCUUGCCCGGCUACGGUUUAGUCGCGUUAACGUUUUACUCGUACCUCAUAUGCGAUAACGAUCCCUACAACGAGGUCUCGAUUUCCAUCGUCGUCCGCCAGCCUGGUAAAGACAGUCACAGCGCGACCCAACUUCUCAGUUCUAUGUGGAAUCGCACGUUCUACGGGCAUGUGUUGGCUCUACCCGUCGAUACAGAAAUUGCGCGAGUGCGCGGGGUGUACGGAUACCAGUUCCCUAAAUGGCUCGCCAACAUUGGCUUCCAGAUGGGCGAUCAAAACAUCACGGCCGAAAUUACGGCAACGGAUGGGACACCGGAUCUAUGGCUAGACGUACCCCUCCCCACGAUGAGAACUAUCCCGUCGCAAUCUUCGAUCAUAACCAACAAUGCGAUAAACAAGAUCGACGGGAAAUGGUUCCAAGUUAAAGUGCAAACCAACCCGCUCCUCGCGGCACAAUGCCUUUUCCCUGGGAAUGUCAAACUCUCUCGGACCGAAGGCCCAUUGAGUAGACUCCUCAAUGAACUGGGUGUGUCUACAAUCUUACGGAUGGACGUCCUGAAGGAUGCGCAAAUGGUCUUAAACAUGCCGACGCAAAUAGAGACCUACGAUAGGGUCGAUCCCUAG